UAAAACCUACGUGGUGACGUUGCAUCCGUAUACGUUAACCAUCUGCCCGCUGGGUCCUGGAAGAGGCUGUCACUCUGCGGCUAGCUGCAGGUUGCCUGCUGUCAAACCCGCAGCAGUCCCCCUCCCCGAAACGUGCUGGGGCUGCUCCUUUGAGUCCAUGUUUUUAGUUCGCUCAUUGGUCAAGAUGUCAAGUCACAAUCCUCUGUUGAGGCUGGAGCAAAGGGCCGCUGAGGCUGACCAGAUCAUUGAGUACCUCAAACAGCAAAUCCACCUACUCAAGGAGAAAGCCAUCGUCCAGGCCAGCGUGAGAGAGGAGAAGAAACUGAUGGUGGAGAAUGCCAAGUUAAAGAGCGACAUCGAGGAACUGAAAAAACAGCUGCUGGAGAAGGAAAAGAGCAGGGGAGUGCGGGAGAUACUCGUGCCAUCCGAUGCCAGUGUUGAGUGCGGUUCGAAGCCCACCCCUCCCACAUCCUCUGGUCCAGCAGCCUCUGCUUCUUCUGCUCCCCCUGUUGCUGCUGCUGCCCAGAAACCCUCCCCCAAAGAGGAGAGUAAAAAGAAGAAGCCGGAGAAAAAAGGAGGAGAGAAAGCCGAGAAGAAGCAGGCAGCACCCAGCCAAGAGGAGGCCAAGGUGGAUGUGUCCCGUCUGGACCUGCGCAUUGGACGUAUAAUCACGGCCGAGAAGCAUCCGGACGCCGACAGUCUGUACGUGGAGCAGGUGGAUGUGGGAGAGGCCUCUCCCAGGACAGUGGUCAGCGGACUGGUCAAGCACAUACCUCUAGACCAGAUGCAGAACCGCAUGGCCGUCCUGUUGUGUAACUUGAAGCCAGCCAAGAUGAGAGGAGUGGUGUCCCAGGCCAUGGUCAUGUGUGCUAGCUCUCCGGAGAAGGUGGAAAUCCUCGAUCCUCCGAGUGGAGCAGCACCAGGAGACAGAGUUACUUUCCAGGGCUUCCCAGGUGAACCAGACAAAGAGCUGAACCCCAAGAAGAAGGUGUGGGAGCAGGUUCAGCCGGACCUGCUCACAGACGGCCAGUGUGUCGCGACCUACAAGGGAGCCGCCUUUGAAGUCGCCGGCAAGGGAGUGUGCAAAGCUCAGACCAUGAGCAACAGUGGAAUUAAAUAAAAUAGCAGAGCUGCUUGAAGUAACUCUGUGUUUACUUAGCAAUCAUCCCCAGUGGUGAGGGUGUUGAGAAACACAAUGAUGGGAAGUAAAGGCUUUGAAGAUGAUCAAUAAAGAGUUUUGAAAAUUA